UAUGAGGUCGAUAGUGAAAAAAUUCUACCACAACCCGAAACGAACUGUAAACUAUAAACAUUGGGAUGAACCCAUAAUCCGAAAACGAAGUCAUUCAGCUAAAACAGAAAACUGAAUAAGGAGCAAAAAGGAAUUAUUCAUUGACAACGAGAAGAGAUAUAAUAUGACAAACCAGAGGCAUACAGACAUUGCAGUAGACACUGCUUCCCAUUGUUCCAGCGCAGACCAGCGUCCCCGUGUCAUGGCGCGCCAGUAUUCCUACCCUGCCAACAGCUCAGACCCUACUGGAGUUUUCAAUACUCUCGAUGCCAAAUCAAGAAAUGUCUUAGCAAAUUUCUUCAGAGAAGGGUACUUCACAGAUAAAAGUUGCAUUAACUCAAACAAUGUGGACAAAUUUCUAGCAAUAUCAAGACAACUACAUCAUAAACAACUGCAAACAGAAUGUGAAACAUUUAUUAGAAACAAUCGGCUAUGUCGUCGCCUGAGUUUGGCGCCAAGACUCGAGAACGAGGCUUCGCGUUAUCAGUUAAUGUUCACCAGAGAUGGAACUGACAGAACAUCUCUCGGAGUCCACUUGUAUGACUGUCGGUGUAAUUUCCAGAAGACAUGUCGUGUCCCAGAACUCUCCGGUGUCGGAUCAGGUUUUGCAGUUUGUUGUUUACAAGAUAAUAACUGUGACGCUCCCCAUGUGUACGUGUCUGGAGGUGGGAAGUGUUCCGGAGACGUUUAUCAUUGUGAUAUUGUAAUGAACAAAAGGAAGAAGUGUUCAAAAAAACUAGUGAAGGGUAGAUCUCGCCACUGUAUGACAUGUGUUCAGAACAAACUGUAUGUAUUAGGAGGACAGUGUAGCAAAGGGGAAACGAUUCGCACGGUGGAGGAAUUCACCCCCAAACGCCAUUCCUGGAAAACAGUUGGUAAUCUGGAAAUUGGUGUUCAUAGUGCAACUACUGUAGUUCAUGGCAAUAAUAUCUAUGUGCUUGGUGGAAUACUGGACAAUGGCAAGGAAACCGCGGUCGUUCAAAUGUUUGAUCCGAACACAAGAUCAUGUAAGCUUUUAGCAAGUCUCCCUUUCGCUGUAUCAGGGGCACAAGCUGUUGUAUUUAAAGAAAAGAUCUUUGUCACGUGCGGUAAUGGACGCCUCGUGACGUAUGACCCGGCGUCAAGCCAACAUGAGGUGUGCACGAACAUGCCCGAGUGCUGUAAAAACUUUGCAAUGUUCGCGGAAAAAGAAGGUAUCUUCUUUGCUGGUGGAAAAAUACGUAAUGAUGACAAUGCUCUUAAAACUGUGUACGUGUAUUCGCCCGAGAACUGCACGUGGCAUGUAACAGACAGAGACCUGUCCUCUCCACUAUCUGUAUAUGGUAACUGCUCAGUAGAAAUUCCAGCAGAAUACGGACUUGUUCCAUUUGGAUAAGUUCCUGUAACAUAAUCAUGUAUAAUUACCAAAGUUCUUAGCCGUGCAAUAUUUACAUACUUAUAGACAGAUUGCAAGUGUUUUGUUUUAUAUUUUUGCAUAAUAAUGAACAAGUAUAAGCAUAAUAAGGGUGUGUGAAAGAUGUUCAAUGUUUUUUAUAUACUUAUUUAUUGUCUUGAUGAAUGCGUUUUACAUGGUUCCUUUACAACUUUAAUACGCAAUGAAGCGAUGACAAAAUAAAAUUAUGAAAAUUUA